UGCCUGAGCUGCUGUGCCCUUUUGGGGCUGGAUGAUGCGGGGGACGAAGAAAUACAGGCAUGUCAUUGAGACACCAGAACCUGGCAGGUGGGAGCUGGCGGGCUACGAGGCCGCCCUGCCCAUCAGUGAGAAGUCCAACCCCAUCACACGGGAACUGGACCAGGCUGACCCGGCGCAGAUCGUCCAGCUGCUGAAGGAAUGUGACGCUGAGAUUUUCCAGGAGGAGGAGGAGGCCUUGCUCAACUACAAGAGGCUGUACAGCAAGUCGGUGCUGAAGACCAUGACUGAUGUCGUCAGCAAAGUGCAGGAGGUGCUAAAGGACCCAGACAACAGCCUCAUUGUCCUGAGUGGUGGCGGCACGUCUGGCAGACUGGCCUUCCUCAUUGCUAUUUCCUUUAAUAAGCUGCUAAAAGGCCUGGGUCAGCAGCCCUGUUACACAUACAUCAUUGCUGGAGGAAGCAGAUCCUUGGUGAUGUCUCAGGAGGGGCUGGAAGACAGUGCUCUGCUGGGGAUUGAGGAGCUGAGGAAGGUCUGUGAUGGGAAGAAGAAAGUGGUUUUCGUUGGCAUCUCCUGUGGUUUAUCUGCUCCAUUUGUGGCAGGACAGCUGGAUUUCUGCAUGAAUAAUCUGGACAUCUUCUUGCCAGUCCUGGUGGGAUUCAAUCCUGUCAGCAUGGCCAGGAAUGAUAAGAUAGAGGGCUGGCACUCCACUUUCCGCCAGGUGGCUGAACGGAUGCAGAAGCUGCAGGAAUCACACAAAGCCUUCAUCCUCAACCCUGCUGUGGGGCCUGAAGGCAUCUGUGGCUCAUCACGGAUGAAAGGUGGGAGUGCCACCAAGAUCCUGCUGGAGACCCUGCUGCUGGCAGCGCACAAGACAGUCUCCAGGGAGAUUGAGAUCUCAGAGAAGUGCCUUGUGGAGAUCCUGAGAACAUAUGAACGGGCGCACAAAGUCACCUAUGCUCAGAGCAGAAAGAUAGCUGCCCUACUGAAGCAAGCAGGUACCAGUCUGCAGAAGAAGGCCUGUGUGUACAUGGUGGGCUGGCACACACUGGGCCUCAUUGCGAUCAUGGAUGGUGUGGAGUGCGUCCCAACCUUUGGGGCAGACUCUAAGGAUGUGCGAGGCUUCCUAAUUGGGGAUCACAGUGAGUUCUUUAACAAAGAGACAGACCUAUUAGCACAGAGCCCACGGUUUGCUUUCUCUCAGGAGGCCUUUGUGAAGACGAUUCUGCCCUCCCUAACAGAGCUAGACACAGUCCUUUUCCUCUUCACCCUGGAUGAUGACCUUGCCGAGGUGGAGGAGCUUGUGAUUCAGGUGAAGGAGAAGACAUCAAACAUCCAAGCACUGUCUCAUGCCACAGUUGGGCAGUACCUGCCGGCCUCCCUCAAGAAGCUGUUCCCUGCCAUCAUCAGCAUCAUGUGGCCUAUACUGUUCCUGGAGUACGAGGGGAAUUUUAUCCAGAAGUUCCAGCGAGAACUCAGCACCAAGUGGAUUCUCAACACAGUCAGCACUGGGGCCCACGUCCUGAAGGGCAAAAUCCUCCGCAACUAUACGGUAGACUUGCGGAUCAGCAACGCCAAGCUGUUCUGGAGGGCAGUGGCCAUCCUGCAGCGGUUCACAGGGCACACCCAGGCCAGGUGUCUGGAUAGCCUCCUGCAGGUCAUCUAUGACUCUGAGGUGCUGUUAGAUGACCUCCGUGGCAAAGAGAUCUCUACACACAUUGUGGUAGCAACUGAAAAAAACAAGGUUGUCCCCACAGCUCUCCUGUGCUUGUUGAGGAACUGUUCAGUGCAGGAAGCCCGAAUGCGCCUGGACACCUCCCACUCCAUCCGUGCUGUCAUUGAGGCUUCAUUGAAUGCUCCGGGGCGCAAGCGAGGAGCAGACAAAUCUGAUGCUGCAAACAGGACCACGUAGGAAGCAUCAUCCUGACUCCAAGGAGACUCAUAGAGGAGGAUUUUGGGGGUUGUGUUGGUCCAAGUGUAUGCUCUGGCUGGGCAGCCCAACUGUCUUCCAGCUGAGGAGGCCCUCAUGCCCUGAACAAGAGCAGCAGUUGGGUGUGGUGAAUGCACCUUCACAGCUCCUGGGCUGGGGUUGGUGUUAAGAGUUUUCUGCUUUGACUCAGGUUGCUGGUCUCUCCUCAGCUGAAGUGUUUCUCCUCAGCUGAAGUGAAGCAGUCAACUGUCUAGGGGCCUGCUGUGAGGGUUCAAACCUCAUUGAUGCCCCCAGCUACUCUGGGACAAACUAACCUGUAGGCUGUAGGGUGGGCAGGAGCAGGCCAUUGUGUCUGUUUACUUGGGGAACAGGUUCAGAGCUGUAAUCUCUUAGAAAAGCACUUGUUCUCCCUGGAUAUGUAGGAGAAAAAAAGCACAGGAAUGGAAUGAACAAGCUGAGUCACUGAUCCAAGCCUCUGCUGUCAGGACCAAAAUGCCAUAUCAUCUUGAAAAUGAACUGGUUAAGAUCCUUCAUAAAAUCCAUUUGAUUUCUCAUUCCUUCUUUUACCACCACACCUCACUCCUUUGAGGUUUGUAGCUCUCCUACUUAUUUUAGCCUAAACUCAUUCAUGGUCAGUGAAUACCAACUCCACCCCAACCUCUUGAAUGAACAGACAGAAAUCAUGUCCCCCUCGUCUAGUUCCGCUGGGUCAGACAAGCUGUGCACUGCUGGACAUCUCUUGUAAGUCAGGCAGAAUUUCUCCUAAGUUCACAUAGAUGCUGGCAGGACCUGCCCCUCUUUGACUUCAUUUCUUUUGAAUGUGCCACAGCAGUACUCAUAUUAUAGGUACAAUUGUACUAGGGCUUUGCACUGCAAUAUUAAUAUUACUCCUCAUCUACUGGAAACAUCAUGUGGGAUAUAACCCAGUCUGAUCUGUUCCUCUCAUGCUCACAGUGCAUGGAUGAGCCCUAUGUCAUUGGAUACCUGCAGGGUUAGUGCUACUACUGCACAUCUCAUCCAAUUUCCCUUUAGGGCCAGCACUGCCCUUACUGGUGUGACUGGUGGCAUCAGGGAUGUGAGUCCUCUAAAGCAAAUGUUCAAAUGAGGUCAGAUGAACUUCACCCUAGCGUGCCUGUUUCUUCUUGGCAGUAAAGGGAGCUCAGGGUGGCCUACUCAGCUGUUGAUACUUGCUCCAUGGCUGACUAAUGUGAGGUGACCUGAAUGCCAUGCCACAUGCCUCUUGAGAUGACAAAUGCGCUCCUGGUUGCCUCCUCUCCAGGUCUCAAUUGUUGAGCCUCAGCCUAGAAUUGAAAUGGCUCUUACACGUUGCCAUGUGCAUGAUGCUUGCAUGCACAGUGGAGUUUCACCUGAUGACUCACUUCACUCCUUUACCCCAGGGCAGUGCUUUCUGUAUGCCAUACUCGCCUCUGAUUUGAAAACACUUCCUCCCUGUCUUCUUGUCAAAGUCACUAACUGACACAGUAAACAAGACUGGACUCAAAACUGAUGAUUAAGAAACUUGUUAGCUGCACCUCGCUGUAGACAGCUACACUGUUGGCAUCCCUUUGUGACCCAUUCCUCAUUCACAGGUCUGAGCCUGUUCUUGACUUUGAGUUUAGUUUCCCUUUUGGCACUGUAGCAGCUUCUUUACUGAAAGCCAAACAGACCAGAUAACCCUUUUCCCUUUUUUUUCUAGAAUAUUGUCUGGCUGAUCAAGGCGAGCAAGCAGAUUAGUCUGUUGUGAUUUAGCUUGAGGUUCUAAAACCUUGCUUACUUAUGAGCUUGGGGAACAGGUCCGGAGCUGAUCUGCUUGGGUUUUUUUUCUCCCAUUCAUACAUUUGCUCUUUGCUGGAAAUGACUAUUAACUAAGUAUCUAUAUACUGAAGCUCAUUAUAACAAGUCUGUUACUUUGAGAUUCAGAAUCUGGAUAGUUUUAGAAACUGAGCUGUCCACAUUCCCGCCUCACGUUCUCUUUUUCUUCUAACUGACUUUCUACUUAGGUAGCUGCUAUAGUUUGUCAGUGCUCAGCCUUUUGAAAUCUUAGCCCUAAAGCUUUGCAUUAGGCCAUAUGAGAACAUACUUCUGCGGUAAGGGCAGGCCUGCCCAGCCUCCCCUCUCCCAUAGUGCUGUGGCCUGCUGCUUCUUUUAUGUUGGCUUUGGCAAUUGUGGCUAUGGGAUAAGCCACAACCCUGUGACAUUUUUAUUUAGUGGGCAGGCCUGGCUUGCACUUAGAGCAGCAAGCUGACCUGAGGCCAGGCCUUUCAGCUGAUGUCAGGCAGGCAGCAUGAAAGCGUAGCUGGGGGCAAGACAGUAGGAAGCAUUUCUGUGCUGCUUCCACAGCUCAGUUUCAGCUAAUCAUGAACCAUUGUGUCAGCUGCAGACCAACUUUUGUCCAUCAGUUUCUUUAAUCUAAGUUUAAGUUGGCACUGGCAGGAUGAGCAGCAAGGUGGGCUGCUUAUCAAAGCCACAUCUAAAGCGGCUUUGCCUAUUGGUUAGUGAUGGCAGAGAGCUCCUGCAUCAGGAAUCUCUGAAGACAUGCAGUCUCCUAUUAGCAGUAACUGUCCUCUUCUCCAGGGGUUGGAGCAGACCGACUGGCCUCACACUGGGCUGGUCUGCUCUAAGAUCAGGAAGAGGAGCAAAUGUGUG